GACUCACUUAGAAUCUCGGGCUUUCUCGCGAUAGCUGAGGCUGGGCUUUGCGGAAAUGACUGCCGGGAAGAAGCGUGACUGCCACUCUCCUCCGGCGAGGUUCUGCGCGUGGGGCGGCUGACACCAUGCAAUCAGAUGAUGUUAUCUGGGAUACACUGGGAAAUAAGCAAUUUUGUUCCUUCAAAAUAAGAACUAAGACUCAAGGCUUUUGCAGAAAUGAAUAUAGCCUGACUGGACUGUGUAAUCGGUCAUCUUGUCCCCUGGCAAACAGUCAGUAUGCCACUGUCAAAGAAGAGAAAGGACAGUGCUACUUGUAUAUGAAGGUUAUAGAACGAGCAGCUUUUCCUAGGCGUCUCUGGGAACGGGUCCGGCUUAGUAAAAACUAUGAGAAAGCACUGGAGCAAAUUGAUGAAAAUCUGAUUUACUGGCCCCGCUUCAUUCGACACAAGUGUAAGCAGAGAUUCACCAAGAUAACCCAGUAUCUAAUCCGAAUUAGAAAACUUACACUAAAGCGACAGAGAAAACUUGUUCCUUUGAGUAAGAAGGUGGAGCGCAGGGAGAAGAGAAGAGAGGAAAAGGCGUUAAUAGCUGCUCAGCUGGACAACGCCAUUGAGAAGGAACUGCUGGAGAGGCUGAAACAGGACACGUACGGUGACAUCUACAACUUUCCCAUUCACGCCUUUGACAAAGCCCUGGAGCAACAGGAGGCAGAGAGCGAGUCUUCAGAAGCCGAGGAGGAGAAAGAAGAGGAAGAUGAUGAAGAAGAUGUGGGAAAAAGAGAAUUUGUGGAAGAUGAUGAAGUGGACGAGAGUGACCUAAGUGAUUUUGAGGAUAUGGAUAAACUGGAGGCCAGUGAUGAAGAUCAGGAUGAUGAAUCAUCCAGUGAGGAGGAACAGCAGGCUAAUGCGAAACCCAAAGGGAAAACACCCUUGAAAGGAGCUCUGCGCAGGAAACGGGCCUACGUGGAGAUAGAGUAUGAGCAGGAGACAGAGCCCACGGCCAAGGCCAAAACCACGUGAUUUCACCCCAGGUGUAAGCAGGACUGAGGUUCGGAAGUCUUUCUUUUUAUCUUACACACACCUCCAGUUUUUGGCUCUUUCGUAUUGUAUUUCACACAAUAUUUGUGUUUUAAUAUUUAUACUACUUUACUGGGGCAAGAAAUACGAACUGAGUGGAGGAAACUGUAUGUGGUGAAGUGUUUAUAUAGCUUAUGUGUUGAACCCAAGGAGCUGAACAGAUGAUUUCCUUCAGGUGGAGUGAGACUGUGGGUGUACAUAUUGCUAAAUUUUAAGCACUGAAUUCUUUGGUGUCCUUCUCUUUUUCUUCCUAAACUUCAUUUAGAAAUGGUAGGAUUUCAAUUUUUUCUUACCUUUUCCAAUUUAAUGAAUGAAAGGAACAGGAGAAGAAAAAAAUUCCAACUUAAAGUGUUUAAUAUAAAAAUACCUUUUGCAGCACUGCAUUCAUACAGUCAGUGUGGGACAGAAAGAAAAACCUUUCCUCUUGGGAAGAAUCUCACACCCCGUGGCAGGGUGCAGCUUCAGAGCCCUGGCACACUUCCCUGAGGCAGCUCACCACCUUUCGGUCCUCACAGCUCAGGAGGAUUCUGGCCAGGAGACCCUGAAACAGGAGACCAGACGGGCCCUGAGGUGCCACAAAACUGAGGAUUUUUUGUUAGUUUGCUUGCUCUUCACUUUUACCUGAAUUAUUCUUCCAAGGAUAACACUAGAGGAGAGCGUAUGGUCAGAACUGGUAUAAAACUCAUGCUGUCUCUAAAUAUUUUUAGGGUAUAAAUUUAUUCUCAUGCUGUACUCAGUCUUUCAAGUAAAAAUCCCUGCAGACAAUAGUUGACAGAACUAGUUCAUGGAGGCAUAUAAAGGUACACACCGGUGUUAUAAGCCAUGGCCUUGAGAAUCUGACUUUUGUGGGAUGUGGAACCAGUGCAGUAAUUCCCUUGUGGACAAAUAAGAAGUGAAAAAUCAUGCAUCUAAGAGAUGGUCCCCCUCGCCCCCCAGUGGAAAUGUUUCAGGCAUGGGGAUCACUCUGAAUCACUGUGUUACUCUGGUGGCUUUGAGCCCAUUCCCUUUUUUCAGUUCAUAAGAGCAACUUAAAUGUUACAAACUCUGAUACAAUGCUUUUGCUUGUUCUCUCUCUCUCUUUUUUUUUAUGACCACACUCUUGCAAGGCAGGCACUUAUGCCCGCUGAGCUAAAUCCCCAGCCCCUGCUUGUUGUUUCUUGUCAGUCAGUGGUAACUUGAUUUUCUUGCCUUUUGCUCUAUGGAGUUCUGAAUAACUUGGGAAGAGUAAGAGGGUGUAAGGCCAUAUAGAUCAGUAACAUGUGCAAAGUCCCGGGUUUCAUCUUCAGCAGUCAAAAAAUAAAGGAAAAAAAAGGGCAUUGAUCAAAACUAUUGAAGACUAGGGGGCACAGAGGUGGGACCUAAAACCUCCCUGCUCACUUCCAGACUCAUCCAGAAGAUGAACAGUAAAUUCUCACCAAUCACAUCGGUUACCUAAGUAGAAUGAGGCCCAAGUGAAAGCCGCCGCAGACUGCCUUACCUUCACCUGCCCUCGACAGCAGUGAUCCAGGAGAACCAGGCAGCCUGUGGCCUCCUGUAGCAGGGCGUCCUUGACGGGCUCGGGUGUGAGGCUCCGGUCCCUCGCCACGUCACAGAUCAGUUUCAGGAGAGCCUUCAGUAAGACCACAAGUCUGCAGGCAACUCUGGAAUCAGGAGGGAAAUCUGUUCACACUGUAAACAGAUAUUCCAACUUGAAGAGGCUUCAAAGGCUGCCCAGUCAAAAGCCCUCAUUUAAUAAGUGAGGCCACUAAAGUCAGGAGCUAAAUGACAUGAAAAGCCUGGUUCUGGGAACAAACAGAGACCCGCCUUCAGACUAUGGCCUCAAGUCUCCUGUUACUAUCAGUUAAGUCCAACCAAUUUUCUUAGAAUAAUUAAGCUUUGUAGAAGUUGAAAAACAAAUUUCUGGAAAUGGAUAGGGAUAUGGUUAUGUUAACACUUGUAUGGUACUUACUGCCAUUGAGUCAUACCCUUUGAGAUGAUAAAUUUUUAUAUUUUUUUAACCACAAUAAAACUGUACUGUUGUGAAAGCUGGAAAAUAAUUCAACUUGUAAUGUGAAAAUAUACACAAUAAAAGUAUUUCUACACAGAA